CCGCACUGGCACCACCAGCCAAUAGAACAUCCCCUCCUUCACCACCAAAAGACAAGCUUCUGUUUUAGCCGCCGAGCUCAACUCCCGCCUCCGCUGCAGCUCAUGCAUGCAUCCCAAUGGGGGCCUAGGCUGUCUACUAUUGGUUGAAGCCUUUCUACAGCUGCUUCUUUUUUUAAACCUCUGCCCCUUCGUCUGUCAGCUGUGGAUUGAGGCUUGCAGUGCUACCCGCCUUGUAGAUACCACGCUGUAGCGGCGGGCGGCGUUCCCAUCCAACGAGCAGAUGUGAAACAAACAGGGGCUUGCCUUGGUCGAAUGACAGCCCGUGGAUCUCGAACGUCGGGUGGGCGGCUGGUUCCUUGGCUGGGCUCGUGGCCAUGCGUGUCGCCGUUUCAGCAUCACGGUAGCUAGCCGCCCUACCUGCUCGCGUUGGGCUUGCGUACCCCUGGGCCAUGUUUUAAAAUAGAACAAGGCAUGCAGCAAGGAGUUUUUACAAUUUCCCAAUCUAGUCUGGCGCCUGGUGUUUCAGAUCUGACUUUGUUUGGAGUCGUGUGAGGCGGUCUUGCGUAUAUGAAGCCUCAUCGCCGCUCGCCUCGUCGACUUGCAGAUUCUGAAUUUCUUCAAGCUUGACGCUCACCCACGAAAAGGAGAGAUUGCCUUUGCCUUUUUUGGCCAUUCACUCCUUCGCAUUCUUCUUUCUCUUUUACUUGAUUGCAUUUGUAGCGGCAUUUUCUUUUCUUCUCAUCUUCUUGUUUUACUACACUUCCCGUCUUACAUACAGACACGCCUAUACACUUCUAGAUAUAUAUGCAUCAACAGCAAUCAUGUCUUUCAAAGAUCUCAUUUCGUCGCCGCUAGAAGCUGGCACUUCCAUCCUGGAUUCUCACAAUCUUCCUCCUCAGAUCAAGCCGGCCUUGGAGUAUGCGUCGUCGCGUUUGGCGAAAAAGUCACUUCACCUAACGCUCGUGGUUGUCCGUCGAGACUACCAACUGCCUCCUCCGGCACUUACAUCGCCUACGGGCUUCAGUGCGGAUUUCUCUUUGGGUACCCCAACUACUCCCGGGUCCCCUCCUCCUUCUGCCAGCUCGACUAGUCGCUUUGCCAGACACCUAUCGAGAUGGACGUCACGACAUGUCCCUCCUGGCUCACCCAGAAGUGUCAUAUCUUCUCCUGCAUUCACGCCAUUGAGCGCAUCAUUUCCGAGCCCAAGAUCUCCUUGGCCAGCAACCCCGGGGCUUCCAAUGUCUCCACCUCCCAUGACGCCCGGAACUGCCACUUCGUCUAUUGCUACCGACGGCGGCAUGUCCACCUAUGGAGGCGGGAUGGGGCUACGCUUUAUUUAUUCAGAGCACCUUCCAGCCAAAACAGAACGAACUCUGCACCAUGUUCUAAUCAAAGCCGCUCGAAAGUUCGGCAUUGGGAGCGCAUGGCUAGCACCGCCAAUUAAAGCGACAGGUCCAAUCAACAGAUUAGUCAACAGUUCUGUCGCCCAAAACGACGUCCUCUUUGCUUCCGACGGACUACAACUAGUUUCAAUCGACCGACUGUAUAGCCUUAAAUGCGCCCUGUCGAGUUAUUCUAAGACGAAGUCGCCGUUGAGGCUCGAAGAUGCGGUAGAUGAUCUCCGGCGAUGUGUUCUUGCAAACGGUCGACGACAAGUUUCCAGACCCGACCUCUUGCGUUCAUAUGACUGGAUGAGCGUUUCGGAUCUGGCUGUCAUAGAUCUCGACUAUAUGUACAGACGAGCGUAUGGCGGGGUAUACGGCAUGAGCGGCAUUACAGGCAUCCCGGAGCCUUCUGAAGACGACGCGCCCGAACCAAUGAUUCGAACUUCAGAGGACACACAAUCUAGCACGGCAUAUGCGUCGUCUAUUGAGGAAGAUGCUCUGACGAUUGCCUAUAAUGCAAGACGGGCACAAAUCAAGACGACGCCAUCGCCCAAGCUUCCAGUGUUAAAAAUCCAGACCAGUUUCGACAUUGUGCUGAAACCUCUGAACCCGCCCGAGGACUACGAGGAUGAUAAUGACGAUGACGAUCAGGGUUUACAGAAUCACACGGCUCGUCCCGAUGCAGUCGUCCCGAUGCAGCCAUGGAAUAUUGGCACGUCGAUUGACCAGAUCCUGAGCACUGGUGAGAACCUGACUGUGGGUAUGCCUCCUGAAGACAGCGGGCCGCUCACCCCAAACGUAUGUGAAGACAUCUCGCCAACAACAAGAGGCGAGUGGGGAUUUCUAAUGGGAAACCACGAGUCUCAAAGUGCGAAAAGAGCACCUAUUGAGGUUCGAUAAUGAAUCGGACCAUUGUACAACUAAUGAACUGGGCCGUAACUCAAGCCUAGCGUUUAAUGACCCUAAUGUCGCAUAAUUCCAGCAUAGCACGGUUUGCAUUGUAAUACAGUCUAUUAAAUAACAAGUGUUCAUUUGUCAUUAUAGAUGUGAAAAAAUACUUUUCCUCACGCAGGGUAUCAUGUAUAAGCUUCCAUCACCAUCCGUACCGCCCAGACGCUUCCUUUCGGUUGUUUUUGCCCUGUGCAAAGCUGUCCUCCAACGCCUCACGCUGGUUAUGAACAUUCUGAACAAGUUGCCGCAGGCUGUGUUUGCCGCCCUGUAUAGCACGAACAGGGUUGUGAAUCUGGGUCUCGCCGCUUGCGCGUACUGUCUCGUUGUGCUUGUAUUCGUCGUCCAUGUUGAAGUUUACCACCUUCUUCGCUGACAUGGAUGCGUGACCACCGCGGCCAAACAGUUCGCGGCGUUCAGCAGCAGAUAGGUUCAGAUCAUCCGCAAUAUUUCCGAGAGAAUCGGUACUGGGGCCAGCGGAUGCACCCUGGUGAUUAACUUGAGCGUACGACGCAGCGUAUUCUUCGUAAUUGCUGGUCACGCCCGCGCUGUAUGCAUCCUCCGUUUCAAAGAGGGGUCUAUAUGUGCCGUCCGAUUCUGAUACUGCCUGUGGUUCUGAUCGCUCUUCUGUAUGCAUAGAGAAUAGAGACACCUUCUUCGGAGGCGGCGGUGCUGCAGCUACUGCCGGGGUUGGUGCUGCAGAUGUUAACCCGAGAGCUGUUGGUUUUGGCGCUGUGGUGGCAGCUGUUAUCGACGCUGCUACUUUUGCUGUAGGCUUCUUCUUAUUUGAUCGCGCGACAGAUAAUGGCUUAAACAUAAGAGGCUUGCCAGUCAGCUUUACCUCAUGCGCAGGCUUUUGUCCUUCUGGUAUUGUUGGCUCAGCAUCCCUCUUUGGCGCUGGAAGACUGAGGCUACUCCCGCUUUCUUCGUUAUUAUAUAUAUCGUCAACGGUGCCUCGACUAAAGGCUGCCGCGCUGCUCGUUUUCAGCCCGAUCCCGGGAGCCUUCGAUUGUGUUGCGGAGGGUUUCGGUGCGGACGCGAUGCCCGUGUUCUUUGGAGGUGGGAGAAAGGAGUUGAAGCCGGAGAAGACACCGCUACCCGUGGUUUUCGUUCGUUUGGCUGGAGGGCCAUCUGUUGCAGUAUCUGUAGAUGCCUUGCCCCCAGGAGGGGGUAGAUUGAUUAUGAGUUUUCCCUUGUUCGAAGGGUCGACUAGCUUUUGGAAUGGUUUCUUGCCGUUCGGUAGCGUUUGCGCCGGUUUAGUUGUUGGCUGUGUUUGCUGUUCAGAGUCGGAUCCCGAGUCGUCUGACUCGGAAUAAUCUACCAGUCCCAUUUUUAGCAGAUGUAUAAUGGGUUAAGCUGUAGAAGUAUGAAAUGGUUGUGAUGUCGUGUGGAG